AUGAUAAAAUUGGGAGGUCGAAGGUUUUUCAGUGGUACCACUAGGAUUUGUCUGUCAUUUCAUGAAAUCCAAAGAUUCACCAUCAAUGAUAUACGAGAAAAGUUCUCGAAAAGUCAACCAAUAUCUAUGGUAACGGCACAUGACUUUAUCACAGGAAAAUUUUGUCAAGAUGCAAAUAUUGAUAUAAACUUGGUGGGAGAUUCUCUUGCUAUGGUAGCUUUAGGAUACGAAGAUACCAACGAAAUCACUUUUGAUGAAUUCUUAUUCCAUGUCAAAUCAGUCAGUAGAGGAAACCUGAAAUCAUUAUUGAUAGCUGAUUUACCCUUCGGCUCGUAUGAGAUUUCUCCUCAACAAGCAUUAACAUCUUCCAUAAGAUUGAUCAAAGAAGGUAGGGCUCAAGGAAUCAAAUUGGAAGGAGGUGAAGAAAUCGUACCAACUAUUAAACUGAUCGUCAAAGCAGGAAUACCUGUUAUGGGACAUGUGGGGUUAACACCUCAACGUCAUAAUAGUUUAAGUGGAUUCAAAUUACAAGGAAAUACUGUUGAAAGUGCUUUGAGGAUUUAUAAUGAUUGUAUGGCAUUACAAAAGGCAGGAGUAUUUUCAAUUGUUCUUGAAUGCAUACCUAAUAAAUUAGCAGAAAUCAUCACUUCCAAAUUAAGUGUUCCAACUAUAGGUAUUGGCGCAGGACCUUAUUGUUCAGGACAAGUUUUAGUCAUGGCUGAUUUAUUGGGUAUGAAUGGACCUGUUGAUGCUAAGAAAUCAAAAUUUGUCAAACAAUAUUCUAAUUUUUAUGAAUUGGCUGUUAAAGGAUUAGAAUCUUAUAAACAUGAAGUUUCUAAUAGAUCAUAUCCUGAAAGUGAUGCCCAUGGAUAUAAGAUAAAAAAGGAUGUAUUACAAGAAUUCAGGAAGAUGAUUGAGUAA